AUGUUUGUAUCGAACCCUGGGGCUAAUCCCUUAGAUCCAAUUGUUCCAGACUUAGAUAAUCCUGUAGAAGUAGCAAGGCUGAGAAUUGAUGACAAUAACGCUCAGGAUAAGUAUAGGAUCCUGGAAGAGAGGAUCAAGGCAGUAGAAGGCGCUGAAGUUUUCUCUACUUUGAGUGCCAAAGAGCUCAUUUUGGUACCUGAUUUGGUCCUACCCCCAAAAUUUAAGGCACCUGAUUUUGAGAAGUAUGACGGAAAAAGAUGUUUAAAGGCACAUUUGAUCAUGUUUUGCCGAAAGAUGACUGGUUAUGUAAACGAUGAUAAAUUGUUGGUGCAUUACUUUCAAGAUAGUUUGGUUGGCUCAGCCCUUCGAUGGUAUAAUCAACUCAGUAGAGAGAAAAUUCGAUCAUGGAAGGAUUUGGCUUCAGCAUUCUGUGAGCAAUAUAGGCAUGUAUCGGAUAUGGUGGAGCCUCCGUUAACUAAGACAGAGAUAACGGUCCUCUACGUUAAUACUCUCAAAGCGCCAUUUUACGAUAAAUUGGUAGGAAGCGCCACAAAGGACUUUACGAAUAUUGUAAUAUCCGGGGAACUUAUCGAAAACACCGUCAAGAGUGGGAGAAUGGAAGGCCCCGAGAGUUCGAAGAGGGCGGUACCUGUAAAGAAAAAGGAGGCAGAGGCCCAUAUGGUUGGAACCGAGAGCCACUGUGCUCCCAUUUCGUACUCCGCCCAAUCACGACCUCAUUACCGCCCACCUUCAAACUUCUACUUUCCUCCUCAAGGUCCUUACUACCAGGCACCUCCGUCUUACCCUGUUUAUGUUGUGAAUAACCAAAGGCCAUUCAUCGUGUUCCCGCCAAACACCAUGCCUGCACAAAGCCAACCCAAAAAUGAACAAAGACCAGCAAGACCCAAUCCUGAAAGACCUCAGUUUACUCCAAUUCCUGUAUCAUAUGAAGAGUUAUACCCGAAGCUGUUGGAAAAACAAUUAAUUUCCCCACAUUACAUGGCACCCCUGAAGCCUCCAUUUCCGAAGUGGAGGGUUCAAGGUCUCAUCGAUGCUGGUGUUCUGCGAUUCGAUGGUGUUAGCAAUGUGACGGGAAAUCCUCUUCCUAACCAUACUAGUGGCAAUGUAAAUGCGGUGACAAAUGAAGACAAUUGGCGAGCCAAAGUUCAUGUUGCCGAAGUAAGGACACCUUUGCGGAAGGUGUGGGAGAUGAUGAUUGAAAAUGGCUUGCUCUGCCCGCCUAGUAGGAUUCUCAAGGAGGAAAGUAAAAAAGACCAGAGUUUCUGUGAUUUUCAUGGCAUCGAAGGGCAUGAUAUCCAAUCUUGCAAGGAAUUUAGAAAAUUACUUCAGGACAUGAUGGAUAACAAAGAGAUCAAGGUCCUUGAUAGUGUGGAGAGGGCCGAAGAAGGAGAAAUAUGUGCCUCUGAUAAUCAAUCGACGGUUCUACCUUAUAGCGUCGAUAGACCUUUGGUGAUUUAUUACGAGGCGAAGAAGGAAGAGGUUAGUCGAGAAGUGAAACCAAGUUUGAUAAUCGAAGUACCUGUUCCUUUCUCUUACAAGGACAACAAGGCAGUGCCGUGGAAGUAUGAUGUCAAUAUCGUUGUGCCUGAAGGUGAAAAGUCAAAAGUUAUGAAUGAAGAUGUCAGCGGAGUAGGACAUUUUACUCGCGCGGAAGGUGUUAUUCUCCGAGACAGUUGA